AAUUAAUAAGAAAUGUUGAUUUUCUGCCAGACAAUUCUGAAAUAUUUCAGUGACAUUUUAGAUAAUUUCACAAACUCCUCACACAUAAACAGCCAAUCAGCUUAUGGCUCCGCCCACUCUGUCUGUCCAUCCAAUCACAUCCAAGAAAAAUCAAACGAACCAGCCUUCAGUCUAUAAACGAAAUCCACUCUGCAGCAGGAACAACAGCGAAGUCGAGUCAGCUACAGGUUAACUGAAGACUGGACGCUUUGGUUGUUUUGGUGCUGAUCUCAGGAAGUCCUGCAGUGCUGGAGAUCAGUUAGGACAUGGAACGUCGUCAAAGCCUGGAGGAGCAACUCAGGUGUCCCGUCUGUCUGGACAUCUUCACUGAACCACUGAUGUUACAGUGUGGACACUCCUACUGCAAGUGUUGUGUGCGCUCCAUGACGAUGGACCCACUCGGUCAGCUGCAAUGUCCUGUGUGUCGCUGUGCUGUAGACGGAGACAGUCCUCCUCCCAACGUCAGUUUGGCUCGUAUCAUUGAGGCUCUGCAGGAAGUGAAUGUUUCAGGUGGAGCUCAGCCGGAGUCUUGUCCCCAGCAUCACAACCCGCUCAGUCUUUACUGUGAGGACGAACGAAUGGUGAUCUGUGGCCUCUGUGGAAGCAUCGGUGCUCACCGUGGACACAAAAUCACACCUGUGAGCGCCGUCUACAGCCACAUGAAGGAGGACAUUUCCUGUUUGAUGACAGAGUUCCAGCAUCAGAAGCGGAAAGUGGAGGAUCAGAUCUGUAAAAUGGCAUACAACAAAUCCAGGAUCACUAACGAGUCUGAUGUGCUGAAGUGGGUGGUGAGGAAGGAGUUUGGUGAACUGCGGCGCUGCCUGGAGGUGGAAGAGGCGGGGUUUAUGCGGCAGGUGGAGACAUCUGCUGCUGGCCUCAUCUCGUCCCUCCAGAACCAGACGGCCCAGCUAAACCUGAACCUGAACCGGCUGCAGGAGGCCCAGAACACUCUGCAGGACCUGAGCAAUGAGGGACACCUGGGCUUCAUCAUGAAGUAUGGAUCGAUCGCUCCGAGGUUCAGGGAGAUUCAGGAGCUCCAGCAGAAGCAGGAGACAAGCUUCAGCUCUCUGAACUUUAAACCAGGUUUCAACCACAACAACAUUAAACUCACAGUGUGGAAAAGAUUACACCGACAAGUCCUGCCAGCACCAGAGCCGUUGAAGCUGGAUCCUCAGACUGCACACCCAAUGUUGGAGCUCCGUCAUGGGGACACGGUGGUGACCUGUGGUGCUCUGCCGCAGAGACUUCCUGAUAAUCCAGAGAGGUUCAGUUACAGCUACUGCGUCCUGGCCAACCGAGGCUUUUCCUCCGGCAAACACUUCUGGGAGGUGCAGGUGGGUAACAAACCUAAAUGGCGUCUUGGGUUGAUCAAAGGAACGACCAAUCGUAAGGCCAAGCUGGUGAAGAAUCCAGAUUGUGGAGUGUGGUUGAUUGGACUGAAGGAUGGGGUUUACGAGGCCUUCGCUUCACCCAGGGUGGUGCUGCCAGUGUCGUGCCCCCCCCGCCGGGUGGGACUCUUCCUUGACUACGAGGGCAGAAGUCUGACCUUCUAUAACGCCGACAGUCCCGAUGAGCUGGGCUUCAUCUACAGCUUCAGGCUGGAGCUCCAGGGAAAAGUCUGCCCCUUGUUGGAUGUCUGCUGGCACGAGCGAGGAGUCAACAAACACCCCCUGAUCCUGACCCAGCCUCACAGGGAGCACCUCCUGUCCUUCCCCCAGCCCCAGAAACCAUGUGAAAUGAAGUCCUCCCUGAUUAAACCAACAUAAUCCUCAUGUCAGUUACAAGAACCACUGCAGUCACCGUGUCUUUAAUCUGAAAUGAGCGUAUAUAAAAACACACAGUCACUAAUCAGUGACUGUGUGUGUCAGCUGCAACAUAAAUAGUGAGGCCCACCCGAACACUAUUCAUGUUAAUAAUUUGUUAUCUGUUGGAC